AUGCCUCUAUUUGAACCACAAAGACCUAAUACAACACAAAGACCUGACAUGUCACAAGUUGAAGAUGAACAAGUAUCAAAUUUCAUUCAAAAUUUCCUUAAUAAUACAGAUCAAACAACUCGUGAAGAAAUCUUGAGAGAAUCAUCAACAAGAUUAAAUAGAACAAAUCAAUCAUUUCAAUUUAUUAAAAAUUUAAUUGAUAUAAUUGGAUUUGGAUUAUUUCCUAUCCUUUUGGCAAGAAUAUUGAAAAAAUUAUUAAGUGCAGUUACAUUUAGUCAAGAUAUUUUAUUUGAUAUUUUUGAAUUUUAUAAUAACACACAGGGAACCACAACUGAUGGAUUAAUUUAUAAAUUUUUACUAUGUCAUCAACAACAUGAUCAACAACAACAACUUGAAUCUCAACCUUCAUUAGAAGAACUAUGGGGUUCAGAUUGGACAUUUACAGGUCCAUUAUCAUUCGCCAAACUACCAUACAAAAAAUGUCUAAUAACCCCCAAUGAAUCAUUUGAUAUCGGUAUAAUUGGUAUGCCCUUUGAUACAGCAGUCACAUAUAGACCAGGUGCCCGUUUUGGUCCAAGAGCUUUAAGAAUAGCAUCAUCAAGACAAUCAAAAUCCCAGGGUUUUAAUUUUAGAGCUGGUUUAAAUCCAUAUGAAUCAUGGGCUAAAGUAUUGGAUUGUGGUGAUGUUCCUAUAACUCCAAUGGAUAAUGAAGUUGCCUUGAGACAAAUGGAUGAAGGUUAUAAAGAAUUAUUGAAAAGAGAGACUGAAAGUUCAGAGGGGGAUCAAAUACCAAGAUUGAUUAUGCUUGGUGGUGAUCAUUCAAUCUUGUUAUCUUCUUUAAGAAAUUUAUAUCAAAAAUAUGGGAAAAUAAAUGUUAUUCAUUUUGAUUCUCAUUUAGAUACGUGGUCACCUAAAAAAUAUUCAUCAUAUUGGAAAUCUCAAGAAUUUACACAUGGUUCAAUGCUUUGGAUGGCAAAUGAAGAAGGUUUAAUUAAUGAUAAAAAUGUUCAUGUUGGUUUAAGAUCAAGAUUAACAGGAUGGGAAGAUUAUAAUGAAGAUGAUUCUCAAGGUUGGUUAAGAAUUCAUUCUGAUGAAAUCAUGGAGCCAGCUGGUCUUCAACGCAUAGCACAAAAGAUUAAAUCAAGAUUACCCCAUGAUGAACCUGUGUAUAUAAGUGUUGAUAUUGAUGUCUUAGAUCCUUCAGUAGCACCUGCAACGGGGACAAUUGAACCUGGUGGAUUAUUAACAAGAGAAUUAAUUUAUUUAAUUAGAUCUUUAGAAGAUUUUAAUAUUGUUGGAGCAGAUUUAGUUGAAGUUAGUCCAAGUUAUGAUCAUGCAGAAAUUACUGCCACGGCAGGUUCACAAAUUAUUUAUGAGAUUUUAACAAAUAUGAUUAAGAAAGGCCCAUUGAAUUUAAUAAAGAAAGAAAAACAAAAAGAUGAUUUAGCUUAUGGAUUGAAUCAUUUUCAAGAUGUAUUGAAUGAUGGAUUGAAUCAGUUACAAAAUGUGUUGAGUUAA